AAGUCUAUUGCUGUAAAAGGCUGACAGAGGGAAGGGCUAGUGAAGGAAGAGAGCCCACUACAAGCUGUCAUGGAGAGAAAAUAAGCCUUGUCAUUUUUUUUUUCAAUAUGACAAGUGACUGUGUGACAAGUGUCUGAUAAGGAGUUGAUUAAUGCAUGUGAUAAACAGCUGGACUUAUCACUGGUGCCCUGGUGCUGUGAAGAGCUAACAGAGGGAACGGCUAGUGAAGGGAGAGAGUCCAUUACUCACUGUCAUGCAGAGAAAAUAAGACAAGGCCUAUACACCCAAUUUUCAGCAUGACAGGUGACUGAUAAGGAAGUGACUCGUGAGUGAUAAACAACUGGACUUAUCACUGGUGCCCUAGUGCUAACAGGGAUCUGGAUUCUGUGCCAAAAUAUCAACUCAGAUGAGGCUCGUGGAUUUGGAAUAAGCCAGGAAGAGGCGGAGGCAGCUGAGUGAUGCUAGGGAGUGUGGGCGGCGUGUGCAGCGGCCCUGUGUCCUGGUGGUGCAGUGAGGUGCUGCGCUGCUCCCCCAAGGUGGCCCCUGACCCCAGCCCCAGCUCUGGCCUGCCACCCAUGGCGGAGUGUGAACAAUGCAGCACCAGGUUCAACCUCCUCAGACGAAAGAGGGAGUGUGCCGGGUGCAAGAUGGUGUACUGCGGCUCGUGUCUCAAGCGAGGGAUGGAGGGCACGAGGCGGUGCAACAAGUGUGUGGUGCUGACCCAGUGGCCUUUGGACAUGAAGGAGUUGAUGGCACUCAGGGUGAAGGACCUCAGGCAGUUCCUCCACUCACAACGCAUCAACACUACCAUGUGCACAGAGAAGCGUGACCUCAUUGACCUGGUCACGCGAUACAUCAGCAGCCAGCACAGAACCACACCCAGUCAUCGCCCCCCGCCCCCCACGACAACCUCGCAGCGACCGCCACCCCACCCACCCCACACCACCAAUAACAACCCCAGCAAACACAGGUCCUCGCCGCGCACCCCCGCUGCACCCCAUGACGACGGGAUCCGAGUGCGCCCAAGCAGCAACAGUUCCAUGGGAAGCAUUAGGGUGCGGCCACUGGACAGCAUUAGGGUGAGACCAGGCCGCCUGCACUCGCCAGACCCAAACACAGAUGCAGGUAUUCGGGUGUUCGCCUCGGAGCAGCAUGUCAACUCCCAGGACUCGCCAAGCACCUCCUCGCCGGCCUCUCCAUCGAGUGACGCGGCGUACCCUGAAGGGGAGGAGGAGGAGUGUUCACGCUGCCCUAGUGACUGGACGGCCUCGUGUUGCAGCCUAGACUCGUGCCAUAAUGGUACCGUGGGACACGCGCACCACUGUCCUCAUCAUCAAGACAGCUCAAGCCCAAACAGUGGGGAGUGGGUGUUCGUCCCUGAGCAGAACACCCCCUCAGCCCCCCCGAGGGGUGAGAAUCAGGGGAAUGGGGACAGUGCGAGGGGGGUAAACAAUGUGCCCAUACCCCUGCCGCACCAUGGAGAGGUUGUGGAGAAUGGCAGACCAGCGGGGGAUGCCAGCAGCUCGUUCGAACCCUCAGCGCCGCCACAGGAGCAGGAGGAGCGGCCAUCCUUUGAGGCCCCCACAGCAUCUUCAUCCUCGUCUGCGUCGUCCUCAGCCCCGACCUCUGCAGUCUCCUCUCCUGAGCCCACCAAAGGGGUGAUGGCUGGCAUCGUGGCCUUGGAGGACCUGAAGUCCGUGGAGGAGAUCCACAAGCUGAGUGUGAGGCAGUGCAAGGAGCUGCUGUCCCUGCACAGAGUGACCUACACCGGCGUGCGGGAAAAGUCCGAACUCCUCAGCAAGAUCAAGAUUCUGUGGGAAGACUACAGGACCUCGCGCCAAGAGCUGGAGAACUUACCUGAGGAGCUCAUUUGCAAGAUCUGCAUGGACAGCGCGAUAGACUGCGUCCUGCUGGAGUGCGGCCACAUGGUGUCCUGCACGCAGUGUGGGAAGCAGAUGUCCGAGUGUCCCCUGUGCCGGCAGUAUGUGGUUCGGGUGGUGCGUACCUUCCGAGCCUGAGCCUAAGGUGACAGAGGUGGAUGCCCUGCUCUGGGGUGAGGGGGAUGUGUAGCUUUCGAGUGUGAUUCUAUGGUGACAGGGGGUAUGCGUGUCCCUUCGUGUGUGUGUGUGUGUGUGUGUGUGUGUGUCAUGGUAGUGAUGCGUACCUUCUGAGUGUGAGUCUAGGGUGACGGGUUUGAGUGUCCCUUUGUGUGUGUGUAUGUUGGGGGUGAUGCAUACCUUCUGAGUGUGAGUCUAGGGUGACAGGUGUUUGAGGUUCCCCUGUGUUUGUUUGGUGAAGGUGAUGUGUAUUUUCUCAGCCUGAUUCUGGAGUGACAGGUGUUGAGUGUCUGUUGAGUGUCACCCUUGUGUGUUGUGGGGGUGACGUGAACCUUCCGAGUGUGUCUAGAGUGACAUGUUCGAGGGUGUGGGUGGAUGGUGGUGUGUAUGGUGUGUACCCUCCAAUCCCUAGCAGUGGGUGAUGGGAGGUGUUCUGUGAGUAGUCUCUUGUAUGUGUGUGUGUGGUGAGGGUGGUGUGUUGGGUGACCACGCCUGCCCCCCGAGAGGAUGUGGAGGGUACAUGGAGGCCUUAAGUCUGUUUCGACACACACGAGCAGAGAUUUAUAUGAGUUUUGUGUAUUCUGUACAUAGCAGCAUUGAGUCUGUUUGUCUUGUAUUUUUACCAAGUGUUGCUAGAGGCUAAAACAGCUUGAAUGUAUAUUUGAGCUUAGGUGUGUGUGAGGCUGUGACGAUCCCCUCAACCCACACUGCUUGCUUGGUGCUCCUGUGAGGUUGGGUAGGUGGGGUGGGGUGGCGUUGUGGGUCCAUAAAGGAGUACGUCUCACAGCUAAUCAAGUUCUGAAGUAGAUUCCUCUUUUAUUUGUUCAUCGGUACAGUUGUGGACAAAAAACACUCCAUGACUUAAUCUUCCAAAUACAUGUCUCCAGGCUGCACAUCUACACCACACUGCAAUUUAGAGUAUGCAAUUUACUAAGAUAAAUUUUGUUAACUUCAUCACUUGUUCCUUUUGUGCUAGGGACGCAUCAGUGGUUGAAAAUAAUAGAAUCACAAUGCAAUUCAAGGUAUGGAAUGUACUGUUAGAGAAUUUUUUGUGAACUUCCUCAGUUGUUCCUUUUAUGGGAGGCAUCUGUGUAUUUAAACAUGAGCAAUUGGAGAUAAUAAAACAAGGAUUUGAAACUGUUGGGAAGUACAGAGUGAAACUUGAACAGACAACCAGUAACGACACUUACUACAGGACGGCAAGCAGUGUGGGGGGAUGAGGUGGUGUGUGUGUGUGUGUGUGUGUGUGUGUGUGUGUGUGUGUGUGUGUGUGUGUGUGAUCUUGUACCCAGAACACAGACUUAUCCCGAGUUCUGAGCUGUCUGCCUGAGAGGAGAUGCAGUGCGGGGGGGUGUCUGACCAGUAAGUCUUUCACAGAUAUGCAUGUUUUGAAAUAGAUUCAUCCACAGCUAUAUGUGAUGAGAGUGGGACAUGUUUGUACUCUUCUGCUUCUUUGAUCCUGUGUUUGUGUGUCUCUCGUAUUGUCUGUAUCUGUGCUCCUUGGUUUGUUCUGUGCCUUUCUUUUAUUUGGUGGUAUGUGAAUUUGUCUGUGCUUCCUAUGUUUCUCUCUUCCUCUCUUUUUUUUUGUCUGUUUGUCUGGUUCCGUUUCUUUGAUCCGGUCUGUGUCUCUUAUACCAGUCUGGAUCUGUGUCCCUUGUUUCAUGCUGUCUUUCUUUUAUUUGUCGUUACGUGAAUUUGUUUGACCUUUCUGUGUCUCUCACUAUGUCCUUCUCUCUAUUUCUCUCACCCACACACAAGAAUACAGGCGAUCAGUUACUCUUUCCCUACGUUACUAUAUCUCUUUGGCGCUCUGUAUCUGUCUUUGUCUUUUCCUCUCUCUCUCUCUCUCUCUCUCUCUCUCUCUCUCUCUCUCUCUCUCUCUCUCUCUCUCUCUCUCUCUCUCUCUCUCUCUCUCUCUCUCUCUCUCUCUCUCUCUCUCUCUCUCUCUCUCUCAUACACAAACAUACAGGCUUCUGGAUACUCUACUACUUCUCUUUCACUGUCUCUGUCUUUGUCUCUGGCCCUUUCUCCCUCGCACACACAAGAAUACAGGUGUUCAGUUACUAUUUUCUUACAUUGCUCCUCAGUUUGAAACCUUCCAGAGGUAGCAGUAGGCCAGUAUGGGACAACUCACUUAGUCUAGCAUCUUUGUCUUAUCUUCAUGCUCUCCCAUUCUCUCUUGCAAGCCUAAUACAUUGUAGAAAAACAGAGAAAGGGCUGAACAAGGGAGAUGAACAGACAACAACACUGCUCCUAAGAAAACACGAAACACGAGAGGUCUCCAGCCCUUGCCAGAUAUCAGAAGCUGUACUCUUGCUUUCUUAAUACACUUGCGAGGCAGUAGCUUGUACCAGAGGGAUGACAGGUAGAGUGCAGAUGUAGAUCGGUGAAUGUGGGGAGGCAGGUAGUACGGUUGUAACAGGUUGGGGCAGGAUCAGCGUUGCCAGAUUAUCGUAUUCACCACUUCGUCUUUAUUACUUUUAACCCUUUCAUUGCUAAACGCUCGCAGCGAGCGUUAGGCGUAUUUGCUGGUGGUGAUAAACACUCGCUGUGAGCUCCAGCCGCACUCAAAUCUCCCGCGUAUGAGAGUGUUCCAACUCUAUUUUUCACAACACAGGAUUACCAGUUGAGUGGGUUUUUCACUAAAUUUGGUGGAAAAUCAUAUCAGUCCAGCACGACAAAUCUACGGACGAGUAACUGGUGGAUGUUCUUUUCCAAUAUAGUGGCAUUUUUGCAUAGCUUCACCUAUCACCUGACUGAUUCUUUGACCAAAUAGUUCUAAAUAUUGCAGUUGACAAUACAGCCUUGCCAGAAUCUCAAGGAAAGAUGUCCGCAGUUCCCUCAAUUUGGCUGAUCAUCCCGCACGCACUGACGUAGGUGUUCACAUUCGUCACUCCCUGAACGUGCAUGUACAUUCGCAGGAGAGGUAUACAUAACCGACUCCUAUAGAUCUGGG